AUGUCUGGAGGAAUCUUUUCCCCCUUGGAUAACCUUUAUGACCUAGACAGUGCCAACUGUCACCCCUUGGUGUGCCACUUGUGCCAUGAACAGUAUGAGCAUCCAUGCCUACUGGAUUGCUACCACACUUUCUGUGCCAGUUGCUUGCGUGGCAGAGCGGUGGACAGCCGACUGACCUGCCCUCUCUGUGGACAUCAGUCCUUAGUAAAAGGAAUAAAUGCUCUCCCGCCUGAGGAUCGUCUGCUGAAAUUCUUAGUGGAUAACUCCACUGACUGUGAAGAGACUGUGCAGUGUGCAAACUGUGAUUUGGAGUGCAAGAAACAGGAUGUGGAUGCAAUGUAUUAUUGCAACACUUGUAGCCAACCACUAUGUAGAGAAUGCAGGGAAAUCACCCAUAAAGCCAAGAUGUUUGCCCGCCACGACAUUGUCUCCUUGGCCAAGCGUACCAAAGAGGCCCAUAAGAAAUGUGGACUUCAUGAAGAACUCUACAUCAUGUUUUCUACAGAGAAAAAGUCCAUGCUGUGUAUCAACUGUUUCAGAGACAUGCAAGUGGAAAGCAGAGCACACUGCAUCGAUAUUGAGACGGCGUAUAUGCAAGGCUGUGAAAAACUGGACCAAGCCGUCUUAGCAGUGAAGGAACUCCAAACUUCAGCUCGAGAGGCAAUCAUUCUGCUCAAGGCUAUGAUUGGAGAGGUCAGAGCCAAUGCAGAUGAAGAGGAAAGCGCCAUUUGUACUCUCUUCAACAACAUGCAGGAGAAAUUGGCAGAGAGAAAGAGGAUUCUCCUGAGGGUAGCUCAAAGUCAACAUGAGGAGAAAGAAAGGGCUUUUAAAGAACAGCUAUCUCAUCUUGCUUCCCUCUUGCCAACACUGCAGGUUCACCUGGUUACAGCCUCAGCCUUCCUCAGUUCAGCAAAUAAGUUUGAGUUUUUAGACAUGGGCUAUCAACUAAUGGAGAGGCUGAAAAAGAUUGUGAAGCUGCCACACAGGUUGCGUCCUGCUCAAAGCAGCAAGAUUAACACAGAGUAUCGGUCCGAGUUUGCCCGCUGCCUGGAGCCUCUGUUACUGCUGGGUCAACGGCGAUCUGUGUCCCUCGCUGGAGGUGUGUCAGGAUUGGGCCUGGGCAACAGCGGUGGCAUGUUGCCAUCUUCUUUGUCAGUGGCCUGUCACUCUCCUGCAGUCAGUGAGAUGUCUUUGGGUUCUUCAGCGGUUCGGAAGCCCACCUCACACCGCUACAUCAGCACCAAGGUCCUCCUGGCUGAAGGAGGGGAGACUCCUUUCACAGAGCAUUGCCGUAAUUAUGAGAACGGUUACAGAACUUUGCAGACUGAGAUUCAGAAGCUUAAGGAUCAGUUGCAGGAGAUCCACAGAGAUCUCACUAAGCAUCACUCCCUUAUUAAAACCGACACUAUGGGUGAGAUUCUCGAUAGAUCACUUCAAAUGGAUGAGCAGAUUUCUUCUGAGUAUUCAUCUGUGGAGCGAAUGAGAGCCAUAUUUGAAGAGAUCUGGGAAGAGACUUUCCAGAGGGUUGCAAAUGAACAGGAAAUUUAUGAAGCACAGCUUCAUGAUUUGAUGCAGCUGAAGCAAGAGAAUUCCUAUCUGACCACCAUAACUCGGCAAAUUGGCCCUUACAUCCGAUCCAUUGCUAAAGUGAAGGAACGUCUUGAGCCAAGACUGAAGGAGCCUAAAGAGCUGAAAGAUGACCGCACUGAAACCAUGCUGAAACUCUAUGAGGACAGCAGUAUGACCACUGACUUAUCCCACAGCAGUGACCUGACGUGUGCUGCUGAUGAUAACCGGAUGCUUAGCGCCAUAUCUGAUGAGACCAGUCCAAAGAAUAAGGAAUUCUACAGGCCAAGCAAACCCAAAAGUGCCACUGAAACAGUUAGCCGAAAGGAGCUGCCACUUUGA